UAUCAAUAUUUGCAAUAUAAUUUGUACAUCAUUUGUGUGCAUCUGGUGCUCAUGUCAUGAGAUUACGUAAUGAUCUUUAAAAAAGUAUCUUGGAGUAAAUUGGUUAAGUAAAUUGGAGUCAUAGUAUGAAGUCACAUUGUGAUGAAACAUCAUCACGCAUUUCUAUCUGGGUUAUAUGUUAUUUUAUUAUAUGUGUUUGAACAUUAAAAUUGUCAUGUUUUUAGUAUGGCUGGCAUAGACAAAAAUAUAUCAGCAAAUACCUCAUUUGUACAAACGGAUAUUAGACAACGUGAAGAGAUAAGUGACGAAACUGUUUCAACAAAACGUAUAUGUUACGCAGGUGACAUAAACGUAGAAAAAGUGGGAAGCAUGUCACCAAGAGUAGUAGCGAAAUCCAUGAAUAUAUUAAAAAAGACAUGUGAAAAGAAAAAUAUAGUUAUUAAACGAUUAAGAGUACAGUUACAUCGCCAAAGAAGAAAGAUUGAAAACUUAGAAACUUUAUUGAAUAAACUGCAAACAAAGGGUCUUUUUUCUUCAACUUCGCCUGACAUUGUACAGAAAAACAUUUGUGCAUUAUGUGAUACAGCAAUAGAUAUUGACAUGGUAAUGGACCAUGAGUGUUACGAAGGAUAUACUAAAAUCCAUGUUGAUGAUGCAGGCUACAUAUAUCCACAGCUUGAUAAUGGUAUGAUUGUCGACCCAAAUGAAAUUCAUGAUGAACCAUUGACCGAGAUUCUUAGGAAUGAAAUGUUGAUUAGCGAAGUCCAAAAGCGAGAAGCCUUAUGGAAUUUUAAAAUUCCUGUUACCGAAAGGGGCAGGAGUAUUAUUCAGAUAUUAUGGGAGGAGGUAGUGUCUGCUAUGAAUGAUAACAUCAAAGAUGUUAAUGAGGCCAAGAAUAUAUGGAAAAAACUUUGUUACAAUUACAGCCGAAUUUUAAUACGG